AUGGAGCCACAGUCAGAUGCCCUGAUUAUGCCUGUGUCCCUGCGCCUCAUCAGGGGAGCAGGUUUGAGGCUUAAAAUUAGAGACAUGUUCAAGGACACUACAACGUCUGUGCGGAUAGGUCUUAUGAUGGAAGAAAUGAUCUUCAACCUUGCAGAUACGCAUCUGUUCUUUAAUGACCUGGAGGACUGUGACCAGAUCCACAUAGAUGAUGUAUCAUCAGAUGAUAAUGGUCAAGAUCUAAGCACAUAUAACUUCUCCGCAGAUGGCUUUCACAGUUCAACUGCCAGUGCAAAUCUGUGUCUGGGCUCAGGUGUUCAUGGGGGAGUUGACUGGAUGAGGAAAUUAGCAUUCCGCUACCGUCGGGUGAAAGAGAUGUACAACACCUACAAAAACAACGUAGGGGGUUUAAUAGGAGCUCCUAAGAGGGAAACCUGGCUGCAGUUAAGAGCAGAACUUGAAGCGCUGACUGAUCUCUGGCUCACACAUGCUCUGAAGGCGCUGAAUUUGAUACACUCCCGGCCUAACUGUGUGAAUGUGUUGGUCACCACAACUCAGCUUAUACCAGCUCUUGCUAAAGUGCUUCUCUAUGGACUGGGCACUGUCUUCCCCAUUGAAAACAUUUACAGUGCAACAAAAACAGGUAAGAAGAGCUGUUUUGAAAGAAUAAUGCAAAGGUUUGGAAGGAAAGCUGUGUACAUUGUAAUAGGAGAUGGUGUUGAAGAGGAACAGGGCGCAAAAAAGCACAACAUGCCAUUCUGGAGAAUCUCUUGUCACGCUGACCUGGAAGCUCUUCGGCACGCCUUGGAACUUGAAUAUUUGUAGCAGACCCCAACAUCUUAGCACUGUGAGGGCUUCACUCAAACUAUUACAUCGAUUCCACCUAUGCCUCAACAUUUUCUUAUUAAAAAAAAAAUCCCACAGCAACUGCAGUUUUUCUUUUUUUUGAAGGAGAACCCUUUCAGGGGAAGCCUUUAAGAACUUGCAGCCAAAGAGCAUUGUAUCAAGUUCUUCCUUUGGACAGAGGAAAAGCCUUCAGAUAACUCACUGGAGAUCCUGCAGUUACAUGGUUAAGCCGGAUGCAUAGAGCUGUAACUGCCUUUUGCCAUCAACGACAAACACUAGUCUUGGGUCUACUUGUCAGUUUCUUGCUUUUGAAAGGGGAAGAGGACAUAGUACGGAGUCUCUGCACAGUACAUCACAUCCCAUGGGACCUUCUGAACAUAAGAGUGAAACUGUUGAUUUUUUUUUUUUUUUUUUUUUUAAUUUAUGAACUAAUCUCAUUACUCUGGUAUUAAGCUCUGUACCUGUGUUUUUAAUCUGGCUUUUUGGGGUGGGUGGGUGGGAAGAGGCUUACUGUUCUAAAUUAAUAGUUCAUUUCUCCAGAACAAACUCUGGGGAAAAAUCAUAUCGUGUACAUUAAUAAUAAUGACACAUGGUACCAUUGGUAAGAACUAUAGCUGUGUUUUUAAAUCUUACAUAGAUGGUAUGUGGACUGUGCAUGUGUCUACACUGUGCCUUAUGCUGCCAUCUUGGGUUUGGGGAAAAA